UUCUAGUAUUAGUUUCGACCUGGGGAAAAUGUGUUUUAUUGUUUAAAUUGUAGCGCAUAUCAACACUUGUGUUUUGAACUUCUGGUCCCGUCAUGUGGGCGGGACCUGCCUUUUUUUCGCCACGUUACGCACACCUGGAUUCCGGAAGCGCUCUCACGUCAGUGGGAGAAACUGUCAUUGUUCAGAGGAAUGGUUCUGGAAUUAAUACAGGAAUCCUGCCCGACCCGAUCGGUGAUCGCCGCGUAUAUAUGCAUCUGAGCAGAGACAGGCAGCCGCAGAAGAGUCCUUAAGUUGUGGUGCGAGGAUCCCCCAAACACCUGCUGGAAAAAAGUGAACUGAUUUUUAUUUUAUUUUUGCUUAAAACUAGACUACCAUGUCAGGACGUCCGAGUAUUUUACCCACCGAGGAUGCCUUUGAGGACUUCAAGAAGCAAUGUUUGGCCACCGAGAACUGGCUGAACAAAUAUGACAAUAAUGGGAUGCAAGUGUGGAUCGAAGUGCCUGAAAAUAGGGGGAACAGCUCACCUAAAGUGCACAAAAUCAAGUGUAAAAUGACCAUCAAAGAUGUGUCGGCUGCCACCAUGUACGACGUUAUUCAUGACGGUCAGUACCGUAAGAAUUGGGAUCCCAACAUGCUGGAGAGUUUUGACAUUGCCCGGCUCUCUGACAAUGCUGAUGUGGGCUACUACUCUUGGCUUUGUCCAAAGCCAAUAAAGAACAGAGAUGUAGUGACUCUGCGUUCAUGGCGGGUGAUGGAUGAUGAGUACAUAAUUAUCAAUUUCUCCGUCAAACACCCGAAACACCCACCUCAAGGCCAUCUUGUGAGAGCAGUGUCCCUCCUGACGGGUUAUUUCAUUAAACCCACAGGACCGAACAGCUGUACUUUCAUUUAUCUUUCACAAGCUGACCCGAAAGGUUCUCUCCCAAAAUGGGUGGUAAACAAAGCAUCCCAAGUGCUCGCUCCUCGGGUGAUGAAGUGUGUACACAAGGCGGGACAGAACUACUCAGCGUGGAAACAGCAGAACUCUCCUGACCUGAAGCCCUGGCUCUACCCAGAGCAGAGCAACCUCCCCAUGAUGGACCCUGCCGACCUGUCCAUACAGAGAGCGGACUCGCUGCAAAAUGUGGACGAAAGCUCCAAAAAGGAUGCUCUGGAAAGUGAGGACAGCAGCUAAAAUUUGCGCUGGAGGAGGAAAGGUGGCCAGAGAGGGACGGAUCGGGGGAUGAACUGUAUAUAUUUUUUUAAAAAUAGACGUUAAGGCCCCCAACUCUCUUUGAUAUAACCCAAAUCCUUCACUUUUUAAUAGCAUCAAAUGUUUACAACUGUGUUCAUGCACUAAAGAGCAAAGAUCUAGGUGCCAUUCACUUCAUUGAAUCUACGCUUGUGUACAGGAACAAAGGUGGGGGAUAUUUGUAAAACAGUACAACAGGUCCUCUGCCAGGGUAUUUGUUUUCUACCUAUGUGAAACACGCAAAGCUUAAUGUGAAAGGAAAUGGAGCAAAGCUGUUAAAUAUUAACUUAUUUUUGGUGUCUGUAAACUAAAAAUAAAACCAUGCUCCAUCCUAAUUCCUAAAACACAACUUUCGGUUAAAACAUCAGACAGACACUUAAAAUAGUCCCUUUAUUCUGUAAACGCCCAAGUAUGGCCAGUUAAAAUGAUAAAACACAGGUUUAAUGCUAGUAUUUUGGAAAAAAAUGCUGCAGCUUGAGUAUUUAUUCAUUUUUUGCAUUUUUUUUCUUUAACCAGAAGUUAAUUUUUGAUUUUGUCCCUUCGGUGUGUAAUGAAGACGUUGUGCAAUCAAAUGAAGUGCAAUGGAGUUAAAAAGGAACAUUUUAAGUCAAUAGCAAUGUUGGUUUAGCAUUCGAGUAUGGUUAUAACCUUGAUUGGUAUUUUAUUGUAUUUAUUUAUUACACUAAACUGGUGAAGCCAUGAUUGUAAUGAUGCCUUUUUGGCUGAAGUGAGUUUUGUUUCUUCUUCUGAUGUUGGAAUUUUUAAAAUAAACCUAACAAACGUUAGCAUACCAGAGUAA